ACAAGGGAGAGAACUGGAUGCGAUAGUAUAAAACCUGCCCGCACCCAGGUGCAUCUUGCUCAGAAUAUCUUUCGUACUAAGCGUGAUCAUCUAGUGCAAGGCAGCAGAAUGCUGAAGUUGCUGUUGGCCAUCGCGCUCCUCAGUCAGUCACUGCUCGCCAGUGCGACGCUCUUUAAGAAAAAGAUAAUCCUUGCUUCCGAGAGUGAUGGCCAUGGCCAUGGUGGUGGUGGUGGCGGUGGAUUCUCCUUAGGUGGCGGAGGCUUCAGAAUUUCGUUUGGUGGCGGUCUAUCCGGUGGUGGCGCUGGAGUAGGCCAUGGCGGAAAUUAUGGGGGCCAUUCCGGAGGUUCCGGUUAUGGCAAUGGUGGCAGUGGUAGUGGUAGUGCUGGUGGUAGCCAUGCUUCAAGCAGUGCCUUUGCUAGUGCAUCCGCUAGUGCGACCGCUGGAGCUGCUUCUGGCGGAAAUGGUGGAGUGUACGGAUCACAUCAGAGUGCGCCCAGUGGAUCAGGAAACGUUGCUGGACACAAUGGUGGAUACGCUGGAGGAUAUGGAAGUUAUCAACCGGCUCCAGCAGGAGCUGGCGGUGGUAGUGGUUACGGACAAGCCGGAGCUCCUGGCGGUGGACACACUGUUCAUCAUGCUCCGUCCGAACACCUCACACCUCCCGCUGGAAGCUACCAGGGAGCUGGUGGUUACUCCAACAGCUAUGCCAACAGCUACGCUAGUGCCGGUGCUAGCGCUGGAAGUCAUGCUGGCGUGCCCAGUGGACCUGCGAAUGGCGGAGGAGGAUCGUAUCAAGGAUCGCAUCAACAAGGAUCACACCAGCAAGGAUCGCAUCAGCAGGGACCUCAACAUCCGGGCGGUCAUCAUGGCGGUCACGGUGGUGGUGGUUUCACGAAACAGAUCACCAUAACCAAGCACAUCGAGGCACCCCCAUCGCCACCAGUGAUCGUGGAGAAACCGGUGCCCGUUCCGGUCGAUCGACCAUACCCGGUGUACAUCGAGAAGCAGGUUCCGGUGACGGUGAUCAAAGAAGUGCCCGUUGCGAGCGGAGGACACUCAGGACAUGGUGGAGCAAACUAUGGCAGUGGUGGUGGUGGUGGUAAUGGAGGUUAUUAUGGCCAGCAGGCUGCUGGGGCCAGUGCCAGCGCACAUGCCAUUGCUCACGCUAGUGCUCAAGCGGGCGGUAGCGCAGGAGGAGCGAGCUACGGUGGACAACCGGGUAGUGGCUACGGUGAUGGUGGUAGCGGCGGCUCCGGAGCCGGUGGUCAUGGUGGUGGACAUGGUGGCCACGGAGGCCACGGUGCAGGAGCGACAUUCACAAAGACCAUCUCGUUCGAGAAGACCUUCAACAAGCACAAACACUUCUUGCAUCACCACGGCUGGUAGAACCCGUGGAAACCAUUCCAAACGGUUUCGUUCCGUGCAUCGGGGAACGGACCCCCAGCUGGGAGCUGUCGUUCAACAAGCGAGUGUUGUAAUACCCCACGAAAUGACUAAUAAAUGUAAUUCCUUUUAACGAA